AGAAACCCGAGCCACGGUACUGCUAGGAAGUGCAUAUAUAGAUAGCCGUAUUGUACAAACUGUCUGAAAAACAUCGGUCAGUUGCUGCCAACGUUGGCACGUACCCUUGGUCGCUUACUAGCACGUUUACUCGGUCACUCUGCUGCAGAAUCCCUUCCUCUCCUCUGCUGCAGCUUUAUUGGCUGAUAGAACAUCGCUUGAAACUCGCUCGCGGCCGCCGCAUCGCCGUGACAGCAGCGCGAGGAAAAAGGUAAAUCAUCAUUGCCGAGAGAGUGCGCGUCAGUGUAUCGAAAAAGAGGGUGGUGUCGCGUUAACGACUAUCGAAGAGUGUGAGAAAAAGUUGGUGUGACCAAUAGAGUGCAAAUCGACCAAAAAUAUUCGUCGUACUCCUUUACGUACCUUGUCAAAUAAAAGAGGAGAAAUUCGCUUCUGAACAGUGCUCGCGGUUUUACUUUUUACGACCUUUUUCCACCACCCCCUCCCCUUCUCUCUUCUCCACUCUUGUCCCUCUUCACUUUUCUCGCUUGCUCUUUUUAUCUGUAGAACGUGUGUUGUGUGGCAUAACGCGAAAUAGAAAUCACGAGUAGUAGUGAAGAAAGUGAAAAAGAAAAGUGCGCGUGAGCGCGCACUCGCGUGCAAUGUGAUAGUCGUGUCUGUCAUUGAUGUACGAGGUGGUGUUGAUAACGAAAACGACGCCGACGACGACGACGACUAAUACCGAGGCUAACUUCAGGACGAGGCGAAGAAGGAAGAAGAGCUGCCGGAAGUACCGGCCUACCUAAUCCUAAUUCUAACCUAUCGAACGCAGAAGAAGAAAAAGAAAAAGGCGGAAGAGAGUUCUAGUCUUUCUUGAGUGGUGGAGUGGAGGUGGUGAAGGUGUGGAGGCGGAGGUGGAGGCGGUCGAGACAGCUUCAGAAUGAGCGGACGACCGAGAACCACCUCCUUCGCCGAGGGUAACAAACCACCCGCAAACCCACCCCUUGGUGGCAUGAAGAUCAGUAGUAAGGAUGGCAGCAAGGUGACGACCGUGGUAGCGACACCCGGUGCCGGAUCGGAUCGUCCUUUAGAAGUUACAUAUACCGACACCAAAGUCAUUGGCAAUGGCAGCUUCGGCGUGGUAUAUCAGGCCAAACUUUGCGAUUCGGGCGAAAUGGUCGCUAUCAAGAAAGUUCUUCAAGAUAAAAGAUUUAAAAACAGAGAAUUACAAAUCAUGCGACGUCUCGAGCACUGCAACAUUGUGAAACUGAAAUAUUUCUUUUACUCCAGUGGUGAUAAGAAGGACGAAGUUUAUCUCAAUCUAGUCCUGGAGUACAUACCUGAAACUGUGUAUAAAGUUGCUCGACAUUAUAGCAAAAGCAAGCAGACGAUACCAAUCAGUUUUAUCAAGCUGUACAUGUAUCAACUGUUCCGUUCACUAGCAUACAUCCACUCGCUAGGUAUCUGUCACAGAGACAUCAAACCACAGAAUCUUCUCCUAGAUCCUGAUACCGGCGUCUUGAAACUAUGUGACUUUGGCUCUGCCAAACAUUUGGUUAAGGGAGAGCCAAAUGUGUCUUACAUCUGUAGUCGCUAUUAUCGUGCACCUGAGCUUAUCUUUGGUGCUAUUGAUUACACCACAAAAAUUGAUGUUUGGAGCGCAGGUUGUGUGCUAGCAGAGUUGUUGUUAGGUCAGCCAAUAUUUCCUGGAGACAGUGGCGUCGAUCAGUUGGUAGAAAUUAUUAAAGUCCUCGGUACGCCUACGCGUGAUCAGAUACGUGAGAUGAACCCCAACUAUACUGAAUUCAAAUUUCCACAAAUUAAAUCGCAUCCAUGGCAAAAGGUAUUCAGGGCGCGCACACCUCCAGAAGCAAUGGAAUUAGUGGCACGAUUACUGGAGUACACACCGUCGCUUCGAAUGACGCCGUUACAAGCAUGCGCGCAUUCCUUCUUUAACGAGCUGCGUGAGCAAGGCACGCGGCUACCGAGUGGUCGCGAACUGCCGCCACUUUUCAACUUCACUGAGCAUGAAUUGCGAAUUCAACCGGUCCUCAACAGUAUGCUGAUACCUAAAUAUAUGCAAUCGACCACUUCCACCACCGGUACGGAGGGAAAUCCCGGAGGCGGGGGUGGCGGCCAAUCAGACGCUACGGGCGCCGCCGCUAGCGCUAGUGAUGAGGAUAAAGAUGCCAAGGAGACAAAGGAGCAGGAAAGUCAUCAGGAGCAACAAGUGGUAGAUGGCGAAUAGACAAAAGUAGCAGAAGUGACACAGACAACAUCGCGCACUGGUUGGGGAUGGACACGACGACGAUACUCUCAGAUGGGCAAGGGAAAUGAAAAAUCAAGAUGCCAACCCUGAUCGUAAGCGCAGUGAGUUCUUAAUGUUUAAAACACUCAUGAAUGUACGAUAUUAGGGAGAAAUUGUUUAAUAUACAUAUAGAGCGAAACGUACAUAAGCAUAUAAGUGACGAAAAAUAUUUACUACACAGUUAAAUAAAAUAAAAUUAAAAAAUGAUUAAGGAAAAAAAGAAGUAAACAGAGUAGUGCUAGUUACUACUAUGCCUAUACGAUAAAAAAAAAUGCGCUAAUUUGAAGUCGUGAAUUGGUAUGAGAACAAUGUUAAGUGCGCACGUAUGUGUGUGUGUGUGAAAAUAAAAGUGCAUUUGAGAGAAAAAAGAGAGAAGAAGAGCGAGAAGGAAGCA